GAACAAGAUAGCAAAUACUACCAGAAAAAGAAGGUAAAACAAAGAAAAACAGAAAAGAAAACGAAAGAGAGGAAAAAGCGAGACAGAAAGAGAGAGUUAAAAACCCAAACUAGAAAAAAAAAACUGGAGGAACACGAGAGGAGAAGAAGAAGGAGAAGCAAGAUAGCAAGAUGAGAGAGGAAGGAGGAGGAGGAGGAGGCGAUGGAGGGCAGUGUGGUUCAUGCGGGUAUUACCUUAAGAACAUCAUUAAGUUUCUCAUCAGUCAUAUCGGUCUCGUCUCCUUGGUCAUCGGGUACACCAUUGUCGGGGCCUUCACCUUCGAGAGACUGGAAGCUGAUCACGAGAGAGCGGUGAAGGCCAACAUGUCAGCGGUCAGACUUGAGGUGACAGACGACCUGUGGAACAUCACCAAGAACGACAUAGUGCUGAACGAGACAAAAUGGUCGCUGUCCGUACGUCAGCGAUUGAUUAUAUUUGAGAAGUCUUUGAUCAAGGCUAUCAAGAACGAUGGCUGGGACGGGAACGAGGACCCGGAGACCCGCCAGUGGACCUUCGCUGGUGCUCUCUUCUAUUCCAUCAUUCUUAUCACGACUAUUGGUUACGGCCACAUCGCUCCCAAGACGGACUGGGGUAAGGUUGUCACGAUCUUCUAUGCCAUCCCUGGAGUGCCUCUCAUGAUGCUGUGUCUGGCUAACAUAGGAGACGGCAUGGCACACUCCUUCAGGUUCCUCUACUGGAAGGUUUGCUGCUACGCCUGCACCAAGAGACCCAAGAAGAGGCGGAGAGGAAGGUCUACACGCUCCUCCAGAAGGUACCCCAGCACUUCAGGGGGAUCAAGGACACGCACCUCUUCCUUCAGGAGGUCCAAAAGGGCGUCAGAGAAAUCAGCUGACUCCCAUCUUAGUGAUUCUGCUUUCUACACUUCCUCCUACUCCGACCCCGACUAUAAGAUGGAGGACGAUAUGGUUGAGGCUGACAUGCGUACGUUAGGGAGUCACCGCCCCUCGGAACAAAGCCACACAAGAGCCUCUCAGAAUUCACGGGGAUCUGACUAUCUUGCCCCGUCCGCUAAAGAGGAUGACGGGCGGGUGGCGGUUCUCUUCAACAAGUACGCCCUCGAGCAGGAAGGUCUGGCGCAAGAGGACGUGGCCAGGUCUUCCGUUAGAGAUUCAGAUAGGGACGGCGAUCUCAGGGGAGAGCGUGAGGGAAGGGAGGCGAGGGAGGGAAGCAGACGCAGCAGGAGAGACGAGGAGGCUGACCUGCCCGUAACGCACCAACCCAGGGGAAGUCAUCGUGGGCCUCCUCCUAAUCCAGAUUACAAUGACUCUCCGCCAAUGCCCCGCUCGCCACGCACCUCGGACCGCUAUCAACGCCAUCUGUCCCCGCCACACGACCCACGCAGCCGCAUGUCACGCAUGGACGAGGACUACUACUAUGACGACUACGAUGACUACGAUGACGAGGAGGAAGAGGACGACAUGGGAGACAAGCCGGUGCCCAUCUGGCUUGGCGUGAUGCUGGUGGUGGCUUACAUCUUUGGCGGCGCUACGCUCUUUGCUGGCUGGGAGAAAUGGGGCUUCCUGGAUUCCGUGUACUUCUGUUUCAUCACCCUCACUACUAUAGGCUUCGGUGACUUCGUGCCAGCGCAGAAGGAGAAGGAUAACGUGGAACUGAGCAUUGCCUUGUGUUCCAUCUACCUGCUCUUUGGCAUAGCUCUCCUGGCCAUGAGCUUCAAUCUGGUGCAGGAGGAAGUGAUCAGCAACGUGAAGAGCAUGGCAAGGCGGCUCGGGAUUCUCAAGGAUGAAGAGGAAGAGGAGGACCUGGAUUAGGAUGGUCAAGAGGUUGCAUUCUCAAGCGUUUCAUCUCGUCUCGACUUUCACAGCCUCUUGUGGCAUUUGCUGGGGUAUUUAAGGGUGCUUCUGUGCUUCUAGUGGUGGUUUAAGAAGUUUUAUGUAUUGUUAACGGGACAAACAGCCAUUAUAUGUUUAGUAAUUAGUAAUCUCAGUAGCUUUUGAAAAUGUUUGUUACUAAAAGUCAGAGGGAUUCGAAACACGGACCCACUGUUUCAAGUACUCGUGGAAUCGAAGCAGCUUUAAGUGUCGAUGUAAAUGGGUGUUUUUUUUUCCUUGAUAUAUUUCUACAAAAUUUAGCCAUUAUUCUCAAUCUUUCAUAUCUUUUGCUGGUAAACUCUGAAAUUUAUAGAUAUCCUCCUACCUUUGACUUAACCCCUUCAGUACUGGGAAACAUUUUUGAGAUUUGUAUACGAUUAGACCAUUUUAUUGACAUUAGGAAGGAUUUAUGGAGGUCAGAAGAUUAAUGGCUACAGCCCUCACUAUUUUAAUCCCUUAUGUAAGUUUCUGAAACUGGAUAGUCACCACAUAGUAAAUAGAAAGAAUAUGGAAACGCGUCAUGGUACUGAAGGGGCUAAACUCUCUGGAAGGACCUUUCAAUCUACUUAUUCUGAAAUUAGCAUAUUUAAUUAGUACUACAUUUUCACACCCCAGUCAUGUUUCGAGCAGAUUUUCGAGAAUAUCAAUAAGGAAAACAAUAUGAUGAGGUAUGAAAGCUUCAGAUGCAAUGUGGAGACAGAUAGACAUUACAUUUACGUAAGCUUAUCCAAAUGACUGUCGACAAGCGCAACUGGAGACGUGACGCGUUUGUAAAGUCAUGUGUUCUUGUUCUAUUUGUUCUGUUAUCAUCAGUAUCUUCUCUCUAUAUCUCCUUCACCUUGUGUUUCUACUCUCUCUCUCUCUCUCUCUCUCUCUCUCUCUCUCUCUCUCUCUCUCUCUCUCUCUCUCUCUCUCUCUCUCUCUCUCUCUCUCUCUCUCUCUGGUGAGCCAUUACUGUGCCGUUCUUAAGUUAGGAGUCUUAGAUGAAUGUUAUCUUUCCAGUAUCUAGUAUAAUGUGGGUAUCAUUUACGUGUUUCUGACCACAGUGUAACAGGUGAGUUUGACAGGUAGCGUUGUAAUGCCUCUUAUUCUUAGAUAGUUCUCUAGUUCACGCUGACCCAGUAGUGUUUAAAGGUGUAGUUAGUGUCCUUACGUAUACUUUUCCCUCGUGUUAAGUAAAGGGAGUAGAAGUUGAGGGAAUAGAACGUGCCUUAUCAGUGACUCGUGGGAAAGAAAGGAUGGACAGAAGGAUGAGAAACAGACGUGUGGCGAAAAUGACAAAGGGACGAGAAUCAUAAAGAAAAUAUAAUAAGGUAAUGAAAAUGGGGUUGCUGUAUUUCUCGAAGGUGUUUCCAUGUGUCAAGUGAUUGUAACUUGCAUACAUACACCGGGAUAAAACACAUGAAAACCCGUGUAAUCUUUAAAAAUUAUAUAUACAGGAAUGAGUAUGUAUCACUUGGACAUUCAGAGGUGGUUUUAAAGAACAGUUUAUCACGAACGUUGUCAUUUCAAUUGGUAAAACACAUGAAAACAGUUCCAAUCAUCUCUGUUCCCCUCGGAAAACUAUAGAUACACAAGAAGACAAGUUAUGAAUCACGUGGAUUUUCAAAGAUGUUAUGUUUUAAGUGAUAGUUUACCAAGGACUCUGAAACAUCAAUGGGGAAAAAACCUCUCAUAUGAAUCUGGCUAAUCAUCUUUGUGGCCUUUGAAAAUAGACGAGAUGGAAGAACAAAGCGUUUCCAAUUCCCUAUCAAGGUAAAACACUAUUAAAACGAAAGAUUUAUGAAAUAUGAACCCAAAAGCAGCUUCCUCUUUCUGUAACUCGUUUCCUGCUCCUGAAAAAAAAAAAAAGAAAAGAUCAUAGUGAAGGUACAUCGAACAGAGGAAAAAUUAAGGAUGAAAUUCACUGACGGAACAAUGGAAUUAGAAUCUGUAAAUGGGAUUGAAUAGUCUUUUUAUCUUAAUUUAUGUUAUUUAUUAUUACUUUUUUUUAGUCACUGUAGUAGAAUAAUGAUUUCUUUAUGCGUGAUCGGGACUGAAUAAAUAAAAUAAACAAAGAAAUAAUUUAAGUAGUAGUAGCAGUUGAUUAAAAAAUGCCUUGUUGAUUUACGAGGAUAUAAAGGUAAUGAGCCUUAUGUUUAAUUGUGUGUGUGUGUGUGUGUGUGUGUGUGUGUGUGUGUGUGUGUGUGUGUGUGUGUGUGUGUGUGUGUGUGUGUGUGUGAUUUAUUUAUUCAUAAUUUAUUCAUUCAAUUUUCACUAUUAAGUUUUUUUUUGGAACUAAAUGGUGAUUGCUGAUAGAGGUAACGGUGGUGAAUUGAAGAGUCACCGAAAGUUAUUAUUAUUAUUAUUAUUAUUAUUAUUAUUAUUAUUAUUAUUAUCAUUAUUUUUAUUACUGAAGUUCCCGUAUUGCAAGGUUAAAAGUCACGUUAAACAGGUAGAAAUAUUUAGCUACGUAAGAAUGAUUGUAUUAAUGAAGUGCAUUUGAAAGUCUUACAUUUUUCCUGUCAUAAUUAUCAGUUAAGGUAAUCUCAUUCAGUGUAUAAUUACUUUGUAUGAACUAAUGAAGUCUACAAUGAAGAACCUUUUGUCUGAA